AUGGAUCAAAGUUGCACCAGCUUCCUACAAGGGAACCUCAACCAUUGCGCUGCUGCGCAAGACUUGUUCUUGCAGUCCAUGGUGGAGUUGGGAGUGAAAGUUGCGGUUGUUUCUGAACCAUACUACGUGGCCCAGCGGAGCCACUGGAAGGGAGACACUUUGGGGCUGGUGGCUGUUAUUGUCAGUCCGAUGGGUAUGGCUAUUACCCUUAGAGAAAGGGGGCCUGGGUAUGUCAUGGUUGAUUGGGGACCUUGUACGGUGGUGGGCACUUAUUUCUCCCUAACAAGCCGCUUCGGGAUUUCGAAAGCUUUAUUGGAGACUUAG